AUGGCACAACUCAACGGCCACAGCUUUAGCUUUGACAGCCUGGGUCUGCAGGGGCCCCAGGAUGGCCAGCUGGAGGACGGCCAGAACUACAUUGUCAUCCAGCUACACGACACCCUCAAUCGGGCCCAGAAGCAGCGGCUGCAGAGCCACGGGGUGGUGAUCCAGAAGCACCUCGGCAACAACGCGUGGAAGUGCCGCUAUGAGCCGUCCGACAUUGGCCGCAUCAUCAGCGAGGACUUCGUCAAGGACGCCGUGCCCGAGCCGCCGCAGCUCAAGGUCCAGCCCAGCCUCGACACAGAUGCCAACCACGUGCAGACGGUCGACGUAGUCCUACAAGACCGGGCUGACCGCUCGGCCGAGGAGGUCAGCACGCUCAUCCAGGGCAUCACGGGCGUGGCGCCGGACAACAUGUCGACGCGCCGCGACAACACGGUGAUCCGCGUCGAGGUGCCGCUCAACCGGCUGGCCGAGAUCGCCGCCAUCGACAGCGUGGCGUCCAUCGAGAAGGUGGUCGACCUGGGGCUGCACAACAACGUGGCGCGCGGCAUCCUCAACGCCAACAACGUCACGGUUAAGGACACGGCGACGCCCUUCAAGGGCGCGGGCCAGAUCGUGACCGUGGCCGACACGGGCUUCGACAAGGGCUCGACUACGGACGCGCACGCGGCCUUUAGCGGCCGCGUCGUCGGCCUGCUCCCCAUCGGCCGGCCCAAAGACACCAACGAUAUCGACGGCCACGGCACGCACGUGUGCGGCUCCGUGCUGGGCAACGGCACGUCGGACAAGAUGGGCGGCGUCAUCCAGGGUAUCGCCCCCGAGGCGCAGCUGAUCGUGCAGGCGCUGGGCACGGCCAACAAGGGCCUGUUCGGCAGGUCGACGGUGACCCUAGCCGGCCUGCUGCAGAGCGCGUACGAGCGAAAGUCGCGCAUCCACACUAAUUCGUGGGGCCCCAAGUGGCGCGACAGCAAGACGGGUGUAGUGUUUGGGCAGCAGCCGUACAACAACGCGUCGACGGACCUCGACACCGCCGUGUGGGCGCACCGCGACCUAGCCGUGUGCUUCAGCGCGGGCAACGACGGCCACGAGACGCCGCUGCCGGGUAACCGCGGGCACGUGGGCGCGCAGGCCGCGGCCAAGAACUGCAUCACGGUGGGGUCGUGCCCGAAUCAGCGGCCGACGGCCGACGGUACCGCGGCCGUGGUGUUCGACGCCAAGGGCACGCAGCAGGGCAACCCGGCGGCCAUCUCCUUCUUUAGCAGCCGCGGGCCGACCAUCGAGGGCCGCAUCAAGCCCGACGUCGUCGCGCCGGGCGGCAUGAUCCUGUCGGCCAAGUCGCGGGAUGCGGUGGUCGAGACGCGCUUUGGCGUCAGUGAGGACCCCGCGUGGUGGUGGUGCUCGGGCACCAGCAUGUCGACGCCGCUUGUCGCCGGAUGUGUGGCCGUGCUGCGGCACGUGCUAGUCGGGGCCGGCGUGACGGACCCUAGCGCAGCGCUGCUCAAGGCGCUGCUGGUCAACGGGGCUACGGACCUGGGGCGGCCGCGGUCCGAGCAGGGGUUUGGGCGCGUCGACCUGGCGGCGUCGGUUGUUGUCAAGGGGAAGACGGCCGGCAAGGACUUUGUCGAGGGCCAGCUGCUUGAAGAGCACGGCAAGGAUGUGUUCUCGACUAAGUUCGCGCUGGGUAAGUACCUACCGGCGGGGCAGGCUGCGGGCACGCUCAAGGCCACCAUGGUGUACACGGACAUGCCGGGCGAGGCGCUGCAGCACCAGGUCAGCCUCGUGGUUGAGGUCCUCGACGACAAGGGGGCCAAGACGGUGCGCUACGGCAACGCGGGCGACGGCGCCGAGCAGAAGAAGGACAUGAUCAACACGGUCGAGCAGGUCGUGUGGAAGAACAUCCCCCGCGCGUACGAGGUGACGCUCACGGUCGAGCUGGACGGCGUGAUUAUCCACGACCAUGCCUCCCAGCCGUUUGCGCUGGUGUGGAGUGUGCUUUGA